UUGCUCAUCCCUGUUCUAGAGGGUGCUAAACAUUUUCCCCACACUCUAAGUCUCUACUACAAACAACCUCUCAAAGUCUCUCUCACUGACAACAAUUUUAAUUUAUAACCAGGUGGGUUUCAGUUUAAUCGAUAUGGCGUUGGCAAAUUAUCACUACUACUUUCCAUUAUCAUCAUCAAAAUGCUCCAAUUUAACUCCAUCAUUCUCAAUUUCUUCACAAUUUUCAUCGUUUUCUUCUUCUUCAAUCAACCCUCAUUCUCAAAAGCCUUCAGCUCUUCCUAAUCUACCCACCAUUAAUCGCAGAGCUGCAGUCAAAGCACAAGCUUCUGGGCUUAAUGCAGUUGCCGAGGCCUUUACUGAAUUUAAGCACCUUCUUCUACCAAUUACAGAUCGAAAUCCUUAUCUUUCUGAAGGAACUAGACAGGCUGCAGCAACCACAGCUGCUUUGGCGAAGAAGUACGGUGCUGACAUAACUGUUGUAGUCAUUGAUGAAAAGCUAAAAGAAUCAAUUCCAGAACAUGACACUCAGCUUUCGAGCAUUCGCUGGCAUUUGUCUGAAGGUGGAUUCCAGGAAUUUAAGCUUUUAGAGAGACUUGGGGAAGGCAGCAAACCUACAGCCAUUAUAGGAGAGAUUGCAGACGAUAUGAAUUUAGAUUUGGUUAUUAUGAGUAUGGAAGCCAUUCAUUCGAAGCACGUGGAUGCUAACCUGCUAGCUGAGUUCGUUCCCUGCCCAGUCAUUCUUCUACCAUUGUAGGACAACUUACUUCUACCCAACAAUGUAACUCUUGAUUUCUUUUUAUUGGUGCUCUGUGUCUUUGAAAAUGCAACUCUUUUAUAAUUACUGAGUUUUUGGAUUAGUUCUA